UGUCAAAAAUCACCAUGCCAGUCAUAUUCAACGAACCCUUAAGUUUUCUACAACGUCUCACGGAGUACAUGGAGUACCACUUCCUGUUGGAGACGGCCAACAAUUGUGACGACCCUGUGGACAGGAUACAGUAUGUGACAGCAUUUGCAGUGUCAGCCAGUGGCUCUAAUUGGGACAGACUUGGUAAACCUUUCAACCCUCUUCUAGGAGAAACAUAUGAAUAUGUAAGAGAGGACCUUGGUUGGAAGAUCAUCUGUGAGCAGGUCAGUCACCACCCUCCAGUUAGUGCAUUCCACGUGGAGUCACAGACCUACAGGUUCCAUGGAACAAUACUGCCCAAACUGAAGUUCUGGGGCAAGUCAGUGGAGGUCCAGCCCAAGGGAACGAUAACAGUGGAGUUAUUGAAACAUGGAGAGACAUAUACAUGGCAAAAUGUCAACUGUAGUGUGCACAAUAUCAUAGUGGGGAAACUGUGGGUGGAACACUCAGGACAGAUGGAAGUUGUGAACCACCAAACCAAUCACAGAGUGGUGCUCAAUUACAAACCUUGUGGCUGGUUUGGCAAAGAUGCACACAAACUGGAGGGAGUGGUCUUCAAUCCAAGUAAAGAGAAGGUGAAGAUCCUGUAUGGAAGUUGGAUAGACACCUUGUUCUCUGUGGACCCUGAAGUUUAUGAAACUUGGAUCAAAUCGUCUGCGUCCAGAAACAAAAGCUCCACUGGGUCCAGUAAUAACUCUAUCUCAGGUUGUACAAGUGGUCAGAAUGGAAGCACGGGGGACUUUCACGAGUGUGAGGACAGCGAGUCGGCAGAUGAUGCCUUCGUGCCACGUAAAGCAUCCACCUGUGAUCUUCAACUGCCAGGCCAGGUGCUACUAUGGCGAGCCGAGGAACGCCCCGCACUAUCUAAGCAAUACUACAGUUUUACUGCCUUUGCAAUAACUCUCAAUGAGCUCUCUUCAGAACAAAUCGCUACUCUGCCGCCCACAGAUUCCCGCCUCAGACCAGAUAUACGGAAACUGGAGGAUGGAGAUAUAGAUGGUGCUGCUGAAGAGAAGGUUCGACUUGAGGAAAAACAGAGGGCAGCAAGGAAAGAGAGAAAGAAGAAAAAGGAUGAAUGGAGACCCUGCUGGUUCAUGCAGUGUCAGCACCCAGAGACGGGUAAAGAAGACUGGAUGUACACGGGGGAGUAUUGGGUCACACGGGACUGGAAAAGAUGUCCAGAUAUAUUUUAGACACCCUGUAGAAAAUAUCAACUGUAUGGACUGGUGCUGCUGGAGGAGGCUGAGGCCCCCUGUAUCAUGUGAGCAGUAUACAGAAGCACACAGGGUUGGGAAAGGCAUCCAGAGGUAUUUUAGACACCCUGUAGGAAUGGUAAAGAAGGGCUGCUGCAGGAUUUAGUAACAGGUGUGCUGUUAGAUUUUGAGGCAUUCUGUAUGAUGUAAAUGGUGUACUGAGGUACACAACACCUGGUUGGGACAGUCGUCCAGGAGUAUUUGAUACACCUUGUAUGUGCCAGUUGGAAAUAUCACAACUGAAACUGAGACAAGUCUGCAUAUAUGGUAUACGCCCUGUAUAAAAAUAAGAACUGCAAUUGUGAUCAUAUUAUGGAAGUAGUCAGGUAAAUUGUAACAGCUGACACUAUGGUAAAGAUACUGGAACUAUUUGAAGCUACUUGAACAAAUUGAACUGAAGCAACAGUUUGUGAGAUCUGCCUGGCACCUCUCAGAAGACACCAGGUCCUCUUAAAAACCCUGAAUUUGGAUUGGUGAACCCCUGUAUUUGAAGUGGAAAACCCCGUGCGCUUGGAGCUGUGAACCCUGCACUUGGGAGUUAAAAUAGUUUCUUUGGGACAACAAAAAAGAAAAGAAACAAAAAAUCCAGCAGCUGGCACUGCAGUAAAGAAAUUUUCUCCAAGUGUAGAGGUACUGGGUACAGAACAGACAUUUUGCAGUGCAAGGCAUUUUGUAUAGUCUAGAGAAGAAUGCUGUAGAGAAUGCUGUAAAGAAUGCUUGCAGGGAUCAAAGGUCAGACAGCCAUGUUCAAAUAGAAUGGAUGCCUUUUAGAUGAGCUACGGAAAAAAAUCUGAAAGAAAAUACUUUCAAUAAAGAACCAAUUAACUACUCAGGUGCCUUAAUGUAUUUAAGCCCUCGGAAGAAUGUAUUCGGAACAAUUUCAGCAGGGGUUUAAAGGUGUUAUAAGUAUGUCCAAAUGUGAUUUGACCCCCAAGACUGUAGUACAAUUGGGACAUGAGGCAGCUGGAUCUGCUAAGAAAACAGAAUUUAUUUAUUAUUAACUCUGAAAAUGAGUUGUAUGUGAUAUAUUGAUAUGGUCACAAAAAUACAAUGACUAUUGGAAUCCAUAUAUAUAUUAUGAUAUAGAUAGUGAUGGAAUCAGAAGUUACAUGAUCAAUGAAUAACUGUUGCUGUAAAGAUGAUUUUGCUCCUGAGGACUGAAAAAAAAAAA